AUGACUACACCAAAUUUGGCUCCAAAUCAGGAUCCUGCUAGUCCUUUUUACCUUCAUCCAACUGAUAACACAGCUAGUCAGUUGGUUUCAAUUAAGUUCAAAGGUGAAGGUUAUGGUGACUGGAGAAGGAGUAUGAUGAUUUCUAUGUCAUCUAAGAACAAGCUAGGGUUUGUUGAUGGUACAAUUGCUAAACCAGAUCCUACACAUGAUACUUACCAGGCUUGGAUGAGGUGCAAUGAUAUGAUGAUCUCAUGGUUAUUGUACAACCUUGAUGGAUCCAUAUCUAAGAGUGUUCUGUAUUUUCAUACUGCUAGGGAAAUCUGGUUAGACUUAGAGGAUAGAUUUGGUUUUGUAUCUGGACCACAACCAUUUUCCUUAGAACAACAAGCAGUAGAAAUUUCACAAGGAAAUCAUAAUGUGGCCGAGUUCUUCACAUAA